AUGAAUGUAAACAAACAGCGAUUUUCGUUCAAGCGCUCGUGCGCGGGGUCUUCUCGCAAAACGUUCGCGCAGAAGAGAACCUUGUUGAACACCCCCAACGCGGUGAAUAAAGUUUCUUUCAAAGUGGAAAACAAAUCUGUUCUAAUCGUGAAUACCAACGGCGGCGGCCACGCGAACAUCGGGUUCUGGCUCUCGAAGACGCUCGCGAGCGCGAAACACGACGUGACCUUAUGCGUGGUUGGUGAAGAGACGGAUAAGAAGAUGCAAAAAGCACCGUUUACGUAUUUCGAGAAGGAUUUGAAACCGAUGGGGGUGAAGACGAUGUGGUCGAACCCGGCGGAUUUGAAGAGCAAUUUAAGUGGCGCGAAGUUUGAUAUCGUCUGCGAUAACAACGGGAAGGAUUUGGACAGCGUCGGGCCGGUGGCUGAGUUUGCCAAGGAAGCAGGAGCGGAACAAUUUUUCUUCGUUUCUUCGGCGGGUAUUUAUAAGCCGACGCCGACGCCGCCGCACGUGGAAGGCGACGCCGUGAAAGAAACCGCCGGUCACGCCAUCGUCGAGAAGCAUUUAGUGGACAUGAAGUUUCCGAAAGGAAUGGCAUCUUUCAGACCGCAAUACUUGACCGGGUAUGGCUCGAACAAAGAUUGCGAGGAGUACUUUUUCGAUAGAAUCCAAAGAGGUAAGCCGAUUGUCAUCCCAGGCAGUGGCGACCAGUUCGCGUCGGUCUCCCACGCGGAAGAUUUGGCGACUAUGAUUGCCAGCGCCGUGGACAACGCCAACGCGAAGGAUGAGAUCUUCAACUGCGUGACGCAAAAAGGUGUCACGUUGAGAGGUAUGGCGGAGGUGUGCGCAAAAGCGAUGGGCAAAGAAGCGACGAUUGUCACGUACAAAGAAGGCAGCGUGGAAGGCGUCGAAGCGAAGAAGCAGUUUCCGUUUAGAGUCGUGCACUUUUACGCUUCGAGCGCGAAGGCGAUGGCGAAAUUGGGCUGGGAACCGAAGCACCCGAAUUUGGAGGCGACUUUGAAGGACAGAUACGCCGAAUAUUGCGCGAGCGGAAGAGACAAGAAGGAGAUGACCUUUGAGUUGGACGAGAAGGUUUUGGCGACGUUGUAA